AGCUCCGUCGAAACCCGUCUGGCAGGCUCGACCGCGCCUCCGUUCCCCCCCUCCCACCUCCGAGGAGGAGGUGCCCGCCCGCGCGCCCGCGAUGGACCGCGCGUCCGCGAUGGACCGUCUGCAGCGCGUCCUCGAGCACGUGCACGGGCGGCAGGCCGACGGCGUUCCGCUGUGGGCGCGGCUCGCGGACGCGGGGCACGACCCACGCCCAAAGCCGCCUGAGGGGCAGUGCCGGUGCAGCGCGGACAAGUGGCGCUACGUGUGCCGGUGUUUCGCGUGCCUGGAGCACUGGGGCCGUGCUCACGAGUUCGAGUGGACUCCGGACCUGGUGCGGCCCCGGCACCUCUCUCCACGGGCGGUGGCCGGGGGCCCGGCGCCGCCCGCGGGCAGGAAGAAGUUCGACGACAUCGCGCUCGAGGAGGUCUCCGGCUCCACGCGCCUCACCUCCGCCGACGGGCGCAUCAUCGGCCCCCAGAGCCCUUCUGUGCACCCUCGAUACAGCGGCAUAUCGACCUUCGCCAGGCUGCCGCAGCUCCACGAGCUGCUGGCAAACCAGUCGUCCUCCAGCGGCUUGCUCCACGUGCGCGUGCUGGGCGGGCACUCCUUGCGAGAUCGUGACACCGGCAUCCUUGGCGACGUGUCCGAUCCCUACGUCGUGGUGCGUGUUGGGACCGUUGAGCACAGGACCCCCACGAUCAAGAACGACUUGAAUCCCGUCUGGACUGGGGACAACGAGUUCUCCUUCACGCUGGGCGGGCAAGACGGCGUCCUGGAGCUGGAGGUGCGCAAUGCGAACCUCCUGAUCCCAGACAACAGCCUCGGGAGGACGUCGGUUGGCCUCUGGACGCUGCCGAGUGGCCGCUGGCAGCAGCGGAGAGAGAAGCUGGUGGAUGGCCAGGGUGGGGAGUUGGAGGUCGAUCUCUGCCUGGAGCGGCGUUCCGCUGGCACCGUCGACAUCGCCGUGCUCGGGGUACCUUUUGACUCGGGCUGCAGCUUUCGCCCAGGAGCGCGCUUCGGCGCCGAGUCGAUCCGGGCGAACUCGAGGCUGAUACGGCCGUACAUGAUCGCUGCGCAGCAGCGGCCUCUGCUGGAGCGGCAAGUUGUUGACGCGGGCGACGUGGCGUGCACGCCCUUCGGCAUCCUCCAGGCAAUGGACUCGAUUUUCCAGGGGUGCAGGGAGAAGCUGCAGGUGGCGAGGCGACUGGUCGUCAUGGGCGGCGACCACACGCUCUCCUAUCCGGUGAUGAAGGCGGUGAAGGAACGGUUCGGCCCAGUCGCCCUCAUCCACUUCGAUUCCCACCUCGACACCUUCCCCCCCAUGUACGAGCAGGACACCUGGCACGGGUCCCCCUUCAGGAAGUGCUGGGAGGACGGCCUGUUGGCCAAGGAUGGGUCGACGCACAUCGGAAUUCGCGGCUCCACGUAUGCAUACCAGGACCUCGUGGACUCGGACCAGAUGGGAAUCGCCACGCUCACCGCCGAGGACGUCCACGAGCGGGGCGUGCAAACCUGCCUGGAGGUGGUGCGCGGCCGGUACGAGAGGGCUGGCGGAGCUGGGGAUAGAAGCGUGAUGGAUCCACAAGCCAAGUCGGGGAUUUCGAAGAGCAGAACAUGUCAUCAGCAUACACUUUCGCAGGUCCGCGCGGAUUUCUGGGGUCGGCGCUGGGGCGCCUCUGGCGCACUCCGUGCGCCAGGGAGGGGGGUGCCUACCGCCGAUCCAAGAAAUCCGUGCGGAUCACAAGUUUACGAUUACGUAAUAUUUCUGCUAGCAGCCGGGUCAGACUUUAUCAUGUCAGGCCUGGUGUGCGCUGGUGUGGCAUCUUAGCGCAUACUGGCCGACCAUAUGCUGCGGUGCGAUGAGUGAGGAAGCAGCACCGCAACAAUGCAAUGCGGCAGACAUUGCAGCAUUGAAAGGAGAAAGUCGGAGAUCGCACAUUUGUUCCUCCCCUCCUCCUCCCUGGUCCUCUUCCCACCGCUACUUCUUCUCCUCAUC